AUGUCUAGCAAUUUCAAACAACCACCAGAAUCAAGUCAUAUAAAACAAGAGCCCAAACCAACCGAUAGUACCCAACCCAAAACAGUCCACAAUACAGAUACUGAACCAAUUGGUAGUACACAGCAGGAACCAGCCAACACUACACAGACUGAGCCAGCUGGUAGUAUACAGCCAGAACCAACCCACACUAGGAAUACACAACCAUUCAACACCACACAGCUAGAGCCAGCCACCACUAGGGGUACACAACCAUCCAACACUACACAGCUAGAGUCAGCCACCACUAGGGGUACACAACCAUCCAACAGUACACAGCUAGAGCCAGCCAACACUAGGGGUACACAACCUUCCAGCACUACACAGCUAGAGCCAGCCACCACUAGGGAUACACAACCAUCCAACACUACACAGCUAGAGCCAUCGACCACUAGGGGUACACAACCAUCCAGCACUACACAGCUAGAGCCAGCCACCACUAGGGGUACACAACCAUCCAACACUACACAGCUAGAGCCAGCCACCACUAGGGGUACACAACCAUCCAACAUUACACAGCAAGAGCCAGCAACCACUAGGGGUACACAGCCAUCCAACAUUACACAGCAAGAGCCAGCCACCACUAGGGAUACACAGCCAUCCAACAGAACACAGCUAGAGCCAGCCACCACUAGGGGUACACAGCCAUCCAACAGAACACAGCUAGAGCCAGCCUCCACUAGGGGUACACAACCAUCUAACAGUACACAGCUAGAGCCAGCCACCACUAGGGGUACACAGCCAUCCAACAUUUCACAGCAAGAGCCAGCCACCACUACGGAUACACAGCUACCCAACAGUACACAGCUAGAGCCAGCCCAUACUAUAGAGCUAAAACAAGCCCACUCUGCAAAGAGCAAGCCAGCCCAUACUAUAGAGCUAAAACAAGCCCACUCUGCAAAGCGCAAGCCAGCCCACAUUAUACAUCCAGAAUCAUCCCACUUGACUCCAAAGAAAAAAACAUUCAGGUGCGGGGUAUGCAAUAAAGCAUUCCUCUCAAUUAAAGCAAUCAAUGUUCAUGUAAAACAGCAUAUUAAAGUGUUUUCCAAUGCUGCUAUAUAG